UUGCCACCCUGCCCCUUCCUUCCUUCUUUUGCGCCGCACCUCCCAGACAGAACUGCGAGAGAACGUGAUCGAUCGAAUUUCGAAAAAGGCACACACCUACCCCUGUGCUCUUGCGAUCACGAAACAAACGCAUAUCUCCUGAGAACAAAAAUCAGGAGUUCGUGUUUCGUGAUAAUUACCAUUCCGCGAGUGAACUAGAAUUUUGUGUCGACGCCGUAAUUACUUGAAGAGCACACGUAAUCCAACAAAAUGUCGGGUGGUUUAGCCGAUCCGGUCGCAUUCGCGAAGGACUUCCUCGCCGGUGGUAUCUCUGCCGCCGUCUCCAAGACCGCAGUAGCGCCCAUCGAGCGCGUCAAGCUGCUGCUGCAGGUACAGCACGUGAGCAAGCAGAUUACUGAAGACCAGCGCUACAAGGGCAUCGUCGACGCUUUCGUCCGCAUUCCUAAGGAGCAGGGUCUGCUCUCUUACUGGCGUGGUAAUCUCGCCAACGUCAUCAGGUAUUUCCCCACGCAGGCGCUCAACUUUGCCUUCAAGGACAAGUACAAGCAGGUGUUCCUUGGCGGCGUCGACAAGAACACCCAGUUCUGGCGUUAUUUCGCCGGUAACUUGGCGUCGGGUGGUGCCGCAGGAGCCACAUCCCUUUGCUUCGUAUACCCCCUGGACUUCGCGCGUACGCGUCUCGCCGCCGAUGUCGGCAAGGGUGCCGGCAACCGCGAGUUCAACGGCCUCGGCGACUGCCUAACCAAAAUCUUCAAGUCAGAUGGCCUUGUUGGUCUGUACAGAGGUUUCGGCGUGUCAGUGCAAGGUAUCAUCAUCUACCGCGCCUCCUACUUCGGUUUCUACGACACAGCGCGCGGCAUGUUACCCGACCCCAAGAACACACCGAUCGUGAUCAGCUGGGCUAUUGCGCAAACCGUCACCACAGUCGCUGGCAUCAUCUCCUAUCCCUUCGACACAGUCCGUAGGCGCAUGAUGAUGCAGUCUGGUCGCGCAAAGGGCGACAUGUUGUACAAGAGCACUAUCCACUGCUGGGCGACGAUCGCCAAAAGUGAAGGCCCUAAAGCCUUCUUCAAGGGUGCCUUCUCCAAUGUUCUCAGAGGCACGGGUGGUGCUUUCGUACUUGUGUUAUAUGAUGAGAUCAAGAAGGUCCUCUAAAUCAUAUAAGUUUAAGUAACUUGUUGCCGUAACAAAUUUCAACUGUGAUUUGAAUUAAAUCACUACAAAAUAGCCGCUCCCCCUGAAAUCAUGUAUUAUUAGAAGCGAAAUCAAACCUAGUAACUUAUUUUUAGUUAAAUAAAGCGUUAUACAUUGAUUCCAAUAUUUGUAUUUGUUUCAUUAAAAAGUGUUACAUAAUGACUCCACUUGUGUGCAAAAAUUAACAAAAUGCAGUGCUGACAUCAGAGAUUUCAUUUUGAAUAGUUUCAAGUGUGUUCUAAAUGCAAAAAAUCUUUAUUUUACA